AUGCAUACACACACAGACAUGCAGGCACUGCCACUCAUGUAUGUACACACACUAUCACAGGCACUCCCACUCACAGGUCUGGAUACACAUACACUUUCACAGACACACACACAGAAUCCACACGGGGUCAGUUUGAUUAAGUAUCUUCCUAUUCCCGACACUCAGCAAUAGCGACGCUCUCCUCUGACACACUCACACACCCAUCGUCUGUGGCAUGCACACACACACACACACACGCACGCACGCACACUCACACAAACACUCUCUUGCUCACUCAUCCAUACUCCCCGACUGUUAGUGGUGGCGGUCUGUGAGGAUCUCUGCAGUUGCCAACUGGAUUUGCUGGACCAUUUACUCCACUGACUCUGAGUGACACAACUCUCAGACUGUGAGGACGGAGAACUCCCGCGUAGUUACGGAUCGCGAGACUCCAUUCUUAGUCAUCGCAACAAGAAAAACUGGAAGAGAAGGAAGGAGGAGGAAGAGAGAGACCAGGAGAGCUGGGGUGCCGAACGGAGCAGCACCGGCAGUGGGGGAGGCAGGAAACAGGGGGGCCUUGGGCUGAGUGGAGGCAAAAGCAUGCGCUGCUCAACCCUCCUGACCAUCUUCACUGGGGUGCUGCUCUACCUGGUGCUGGGGGCCCUGGUGUUCCGCGCUCUUGAAAUGCCAUACGAGGAGGACCUCUACGUCAAGCUCCAACACACGCGGGAUGUAUACCUUAACAACUACUCAUGCAUCUCCCCGGAGGUUCUGCAAACCCUCAUUGAGGAGGUGGCAGAUGCCCUUGGGGGUGGCGCAGAUCCGACUGUCAAUGGCACCUUUACCAGCAGCUGGGAUAUAUCCAGCGCCCUCUUCUUCUGUGGCACCAUCGUCACUACCAUCGGGUACGGGAACAUCUCCCCAAAAACAGAUGGAGGAAAACUCUUCUGUAUUUUCUAUGCUCUGGUGGGGAUUCCCAUGUUUGGUAUUCUCCUGGCUGGAGUUGGUGAUCACCUUGGGACUGCACUGAGAAAUGCUGUUGCCAAAGUAGAGAUGCUUUUUUUGAAAUGGAAGGUGAGCCCAACUAUAAUCCGCGUCAUCACAGCAGUGCUGUCUAUCCUGCUUGGAGUGGCCCUCUUCGUUGCUUUACCCAUCAUAGUGUUUCAGGAGGUGGAACAGUGGACGUUACUUGAUUCAGCUUAUUUUGUGGUCAUCACACUCACAACUGUGGGCUUUGGAGACUAUGUUGCAGGUGAUUCAGGGAUUGAGGGGAGUGACCAUUGGUACAAGCCUCUAGUGUGGUUCUGGAUUCUCCUUGGCUUGGCCUACUUUGCCUCCAUCCUUGCCAUGAUUGCGAAUUGGUUACGGGUGUUUUUCAAGAAGACUAGAGCUGAGAUGGAGGAACUCAGAGCUAGAGCUGCAGCCUUGGAUAUGCCGAACAUGCCGAACAUGCCAAACAUGAAUAUGCCGAACAUGUCCAUGGACUUCCGCAUGCCGAACAUGGAUGACCCAUUCAGGCGUUCCAGGCGCAAGCGACGGCGCGGCCAUCGCAGCCACGGCCACAGCGGAUCUGGCACUGCCGGAACAGGGGAGGAUAGGAAACCCCGAGAGAAUGGGCAGCCUCACAGCGAGUCCGGCUCCUCCUUUUCCUCCUACUCCUCCGACGAGUCUGAGUCUGGGACGGAGAGUGGCUCGGAAGCAACGGAGACAGAUCGCGUGCCCAGCGGCGAUGUAGAGAAGGGGAACCAACAACCACUGCCACCGGAUCCAGUCAUCUGCCCCCCAAGUCUGGACUGGGAAAAUCUGGCGUUCAUCGAUGAGUCCUCUGACGCAGUGAGCGGGAAGGUUCAUUUGGACUCUCUGGCUGACGCCACCCAGCCCAAUGCCAUCCCCGCACCACGGAAGCCAAAGAAGAGGCGAGCCAGGCGGCAUGCACCUAAGAGCCCAAAGACAAGUCCUACCAAGCCAGACAAGAAAGAGCCUAAUGGGGAUGUAGGCCCCCCAAAUCACCCCCCUCCUGCUCCUCCAAAGCCUUAACCAAACUUGCUGUUCUCUAAGACUCUGUCUCUUUACUGAUGUUUGCCGUAAGAAUCGAGUGCCUCUUUUCCACUGCCCGUAAGGAAAAUAUCAAUGAGGAAAUCAUCAAUUCACUUUUGAGUAAAGUUGGUUACAUGAUGCCAGAGGAUAUGAUACUCAAAAUCAGUAUGUUUCUUUAAUCUAAAAGAACAUCCUUGACUGACAGCAGAUACCUUGUUUUGCUUCCUACGGUCCAUUAUUCAACUCCUGAAAGUGUGCUUGGUUAUGCAUGAGCUCAUAAUAGAAAUUAGAGCUGUGAGAGUGUGACAUAGGAUAGCGAAUGGGAUGAAAGGAACAGUCUAAUGGGAACUUCCCCUCAGAAUAAAAUCACGCCCCUGAUUCUCCUUGCCCCACACAAUGCUGUCAAUCUCUGACUGGACUGAAGGGCAGGAUUUCAUGAACAUUUUUUUCUGUAUGUGCACAUAAAAUGGGAAAUUGUUGUGGAUUUUAUGCCUGAAAUCCUGUCCCUCCGGCCCAGUUAGGAAUAGUGCCUCGACAACUCAGGUUGCAGUGCUGCAGAGCCAAGAUGGCUGCUGCAAGCUUACCCAACUCCUCACUGACAUUUUUGGUUUGAGGCCAUUGAAAAAUAGAGCAACACUAUGCAGAAUAUAUAUUGUGUUCAGCAUCUGCUCUUACAGAGUAAAAAGAAAAUGUUAUAAAAAAAGAUAUGAGCAAAGUUGACUUUUUUCAUCUGAUUUCACUGUAUGACUGCACUGAGCUGCAUGUUCAGCACAAUUUAAGAGUUAGCUAGCUAGCAUGGUUUCAUUACCUGUGCUGUGCUGUUUGCAAUGCAUCCAUCCCAUGCUGAAAGCUUAUUCUAUAUGAGAAGUUGGUUUCUUCAUACUGGUAUUACUGAUUAAAUUGCCAAAGCACAUUUUUUGAGCUGAAAUGUCCAGUGCCUCUUCAAUGCAAAUGCUCAUUUUUUUGUACGGGUGACAGUUAUUAUAGAUGCUGAAAAUGGUUAUCCACAUGACUAACAACUGUUCCUAAUAUGCCAUGAUCAUUUGAAGGUACAGGAUGUUUUUUAAAGCCAAGAUUAACAAAUUGUGUGACAUUGCACCUCAAACAAUCAUGGUUCCAGUUUUUGAAAUAAUAUAUAAUGUUCAUAGCAUUUCGAAAAAACCUUAGUCACAUAUCGCAUGUAUUUUCAAUUAUAGAGAUGAGAUAGAGACUAAUAGAGAUGGAAACUCCUCUCUAAAGCACCUUAUCUGACCUGUUUCCCCGGGACCCUCUAGGAGAAGUGCAUUGCCCAGAGCUCACACGAGACAUGUAGCAUUAACAAGGGGGAUUUAUAUAUUAUCUGAAAUAGAAGACAUUUGGAUGUUAACAGUUUAAGUGCAAUGUUUUUUUUAUAAUUCAUACUUCCUAUGAGUUUAUUUUUGUCGUUGUUAAGAUAUUACAUUUACAAUACAUUUUGUAAGUUGCUGUGGAUAAACGCCUGCCCAAUGCCUGAAUAUAAAUGUAAACAUGAACACAGAAACACCAUUGUUGCUGGGUAUUCACUUUUCUAUUUGGCACAACUACUGUAGAUAGCCACUUGAUGUUAUGUUUUAAAAUGAUGUGAGAGAAACAUAAGGAUUACAAUUAAUAUGUAUUUAGAAAUUAACUUAAAUUAACCUUUUUAAAAGAAUGCCAUUACAAACUGAUUUUUUUUUUGCACUAAAGCCAAAUUAUGUGUGUCUGUAUAUGAAUUUUGUUUGCAUCAUGCAUGUUAAUAGUUUGGUUGGGGUAUUUUUCUUUGUGUAACUAUCUGCAUUUCAGGGUCAGCAAAUGUAAAUGAUUUAAAUAAAAGAACCUAGAACCAAAUACAUCAUAACUGUUCUAAACACUGUUUUUAUGAUUCCUUUGAGAAGCAACUGUUUAUUCACAGCACACAAAGCAAUGAGCUGCUGUUGCUAUUUUUUUUAUAUAUAUAAUCUUGAAGGGUACAUGUGUGAAGACACAUUCCUUUGAGACUCCACUUAGAAUGCACCAAAAAGAUGUAUUGAUGAACACCUCAUGUAUAGCAUAUAUUGUAAAAUAUCAUGUAUGACCAUAUAUCUCAAAUGAUGAGUGAUCUCUGUCUGUCAGUGAACCAUUAACUUGUAACCUGACUCGAUAUACUAUGAAAAGACAUUGAAUUGCACAGAUAACUCAUUUGGAGCAAUGAGCUGUAUGGCAUACUCAGUAUAAUUAGCUUAUACGUGCCUUCAGGGAGCAAUCCCUCAUCUUUGCCUAAAUGUAUGCCAGAGACAAUAAAAUGGAUUUAAUAGCA